CCCCACACCGCCCACUUCCGGCGCCGCGGCUUUUCCGGCGCAGACCUGCGAAGCUGGCGUCGGUUGAGGCGGCUCGGGGCACGGACUAGCGACGACCAUGGCGCCCGGGGCGACCCGCGGCCUCCCGCACUGUGCUCAGAAGACAAACACCUCGUGUGAAGAGUGCCUGAAGAAUGUCUCUUGUCUGUGGUGCAACACUAACAAGGCGUGCUUGGACUACCCAGUGAGAACGAUCUUGCCGCCUGCUUCUCUCUGCGAGCUGAGUUCCGCACGCUGGGGCAUCUGCUCGGUGAACUUCAAGGCGCUGAUCAUCGCCAUGUCCGUGCUGGGCGGCUCCCUCGUCCUGGGCAUCGCUGUGGCCUGCUGCUGCUGCUGCUGCAGGAGGAAGAAGAGCCGGAAGCCGGAUAAGAGCGACGAGCGGGCCGCGAGGGAGCAGGAGGAGCGGCGCAUCCGGCAGGAGGAGAGGAGAGCAGAGAUGAAGUCAAGACAUGAUGAAAUCAGGAGGAAAUACGGUUUGUUUAAAGAGAAAAACCCAUAUGAGAAGUUUUAAACAACUAACACGCACCUUCGGACAGAUCAGGCAGCCCCGGAGCUUCCCGUAGGGACACAUCCCUGGCCUAGAUGAGUGACCGGGCCGGCCGGGAGCUCCCAGGACAAUCCCUCCUUCCUGCAAGCUGGGGCUGUCCAUUCCCGCGUCUGCUUUGUCCCUAAUCACACGAGGCCUGGUCUCUUGGGUCCACUAGGGGCCGGUUCUCCUCUGCGAGCCUGUUCUGAGCUGAUCCUGGUGCACGCACUGCCCACCGCGUGUCUUUCCUGCCCACGGCGCUCAGCGCAGCUGGGAACACAGUGCCUUGUCCAUUGCAGAGCUGGCCGACCACCGGCAGCUGCCCAGACACGGUGGGGUCCCCACACUCCUUUCUUGGACUUUCCGUGUAAGUCAGGUGGCUUUGGGAAGACAGUGCCCCAGCACCAGAGUGAUACGGAUUUACCUCCUGACCCGAGUACCUUGUGUAGCAUUGAAGAACAGAAUCAUCUGAAAUCGUUUCUGCAGACCUUGAACAUCUCCAAAAACGAUUUCAUCAAAAAACGUUCUUUAUAUAAAAGUGCAGGCUCCUCUGGACGGCAUCUUUAGUAGGCCAUGAAAAUCUGUUUCCCUGUGGAAAUGUGGAUUAGAGAUGUUCGUCAGAGCAGCCCCACCCGCCUGCCCAGGGCCUGGAGGGAAGUGCUCUCUCUGGGGCUCUGGUCCCACCUGCCAGCUCUCUGGGACCCUGGAGUCGGCAGGCCUGUGCCCAGAGACCUUGGCGCCGAGACACUCGUGGCCUCCUGGGUUCCCCAGUGGGACCCAAGCAUCCGUGAUCUGCCCAUGGUGUGUUUCCUUAAGAGCGAGAUGCCUGUCCCCGUGGUGGCCAGAAGCGGCGUGCUGUGGAGUGGCUGUGCCUUGGGGGACGCUGGAACACAGUUUGGGUGCCGGUGCUCCAGGUCGGCCGGCAGUGAGGAACAGUGUGCCCUGUGACCGCCACCUGCACCUGUGUAUUACAAAACAUUCCUAAGUAUUUCGUAGUAGUCAGGAUGUUGCCCUCUCUACUCGUGGAAGGAACUUUCUAACAGACUAAUGAGCUUCGUGCUAACACAGUAGUGCCCAUGUGAAAUCACACUUUGUCUGAUUCAGGUGCCGAGCAGAGAGCAGAGCUGCCCAUUGCUCAGUAGAGUGCCUUUGGCCGGGAGCCGCGUGGUCAGCCCUGGCCCGCCUGCUUUCCUCCGAACUGGCGGCAGCGCGGAGCUGUGCCCUCCUAGAGACUAGCAAGCCCCAGUGCCUUACUUUAUAAUUCGUCUCCAAUAAAGCAGUGUCCCUCCUGG